AUGUUGGAACCUGCAGAAUCUUCUGCCGGAAGCGAUCCAUUGCUGUUUCGCUGUGAAGAUGUAGUUUCCAACACCGGUUUCAUCGUAGGCGCUAGCACUUUCUAUACUGGUGGUCUUGACACUUCUGCUGUCACAGGCAGCUAUUCCUCCUGCAUCCGCACCAACCCUGCUUCAUUAUCCUAUGAUGAUUCCUCUACACUUCAUGUAACGAAUUCUGGCUUGGAUCGUAAUGAAGUUCAGACCCGUUCGCCAUCAGUUUUCUCUGUCGCGGUACCUCAUCCACUGAAUCUUGAUCCAUCAACACCGACAAUUUCACCAAUGUGUCUAGAAUCUGUUGGUUCCUGCACAUCUUCUGUUAAAGUUUCGCCUGAACCAAGUGGGACUUGGUCUGGCUCAAGCCAAAUGAGACUUGGAUCUGCUGCACCAAUUUGUACAGGUCGUCAGCUCAUUUCGAAAAUGCAUGUGUCUCCGGAACUUGAGCCAAGCACUCGAACACCUAAUUGGCCGACUGGUAGUGGAGCGGUGGGGCGUUUGCGAGACUCCAUCUUGACCUGCGAAUCGGGAUCAGGAUGUCUUGCUGAAUGGACUGGCAGUGAAGGUAUUGAAGACAGUCAAGUAUGGUUAAGUCGAGGCGUUGAUGUUAAAAGAGAUAGGAUAGAGACUGAAGAGAAGGAGAAAGGAAAGUGGAAGGGGGGUGGAAGGACGGUUCGAGCCCGUAUUGGCUUUGGCGGGAAGCAUCGCUCAAUAUCAACCUUCCUUCCUGCUUCCCAACCUUACCUUGCUGCUAACUUCUUCCUAUUCUUCACAACCCUCAGUCCGGUGCUUUCUCCUCUGUCAUUCAGGCCCCUCUCGUCUGUCGCUCACGUAAAUAUUCUCGCCUCGCCGGCCAGCCCCAUAACACCGGUGCAAACUCGCGCACAUGUAUUGUUACCUCUCCUUGCCGCCUCUAAAGUCUCCUCAGGCUCACGACCACGCCUCCAUCCGGCUUCAGCUUUAGGCGCGCUUUUGCGUCCUGAGCAGCUUUUGUUCUCUGGACCUCCACCUCCGGCGCACGAGCAAUUUCCAGGCCUCUUGCUCUCUCCACAAAUACCAGUUAAUCCUAUCCCGUCUGGACUUGCUUUAAAUAGUUCGCCUUUCAAUAAUGGCUCUUAUCCUUCUGUGCCUCAACGAUGCGUUUUGCCUUCCGAGUUGGCGACUACGAGUAGCUUCCCAUCACUUGAGACCGUGGUUGACCAACAACCGAUUUAUUCUGUAUCUUUACGAAGCCGAUCUGGAACCGCCUUAGCCCAUCAAUCUCAUCGUCAUCAUAUUGGUUCAUCGCUAUUGUCGGUUGGUACUGCAGAUGUGCCUUUCGGCCCAGAGCCGAUAGGUCAUGUCAUCGAGUCUGCUCUCUGGUCUGCCUUUCAGUUGGCCGGGCUUUUGGGCCUCCUAUUAACAGGUCAGGUAAAGGAUUCAGAUAUGAGCAUCUCAGAAGUUGCGGAAAUUGACACAAUUUUGAUACCUGUUGAAGAAGAAUUGAGGGAUACCAGGACUGCAGAACAGCAUCAAAUGAAAGAUAUGACAACAGAUCAAGAUCGAGUCGGAAUCCGAGCUGAUAUAACAACUUUUUCACCAAGGCUUCCUAGCCCUUUGACAUGGUCUUCACCUUGCUCUUUACCAUCGAAGCCAGUUUCAGUUUCUAAUUCCAGUUGCGCUUCAUCUUUCUACAAGCCCGUUCAUUAUGCUGAUUCAGGCAAAAAGACGCCUGUUUUAGCUACCAGUUCCCAUAGCUAUGAUACUGGAGGUGGCGGAAAAUCGGGCCAACUGAAGGAGAUGUGCACAGGAGCCACUCCCGUUGAGAGUGGCCUGCUAUGCACCAGUCCUGUUGGAGCUCCUGUAAUAGCCAGCUUUGGCGAAAGUUGGAUCAUGGCGCUGGAUAGCUGCAAGUUGGACCAAGACCAGGAUGUUGCAGAUCACUGUCUUCCAUCUUUUGGAACUUUUACGGGAAGUAGCCGUCGACAGAAUUAUUCUCACCAUCUAAAGCGUUAUCAGCAUCAGCAUCACGAUCAAAAUAAUCUCAAACUAGAUUAUAAUACGAAUUUGUCCAGAGCCGAAUUAAAUUCUUCUCUCAGACUUUGCCCAACGGCUGGUACGGGUACUCACGAAUUUAGCUCAACUCCCUCUAAUGCUUUAUCCAAAGAUUUAUCUUCAUUAUCUACCUCACCGUCCCCGUCGACAACUGGUGCUUACUUCUUUGCCUCUUUUGGCCGUGCAUUUGCUGGCAGAAACCGCCCAAGUGUUGUUCAUUUUUUUCGUGGGCAUCAACAUCAGCAACAACAACAGCUUCAACUUUCAAAAUCUCAAAUAAAAUCACUACCAGAUCGGGCUCUAUUUUCUAAGCGAAACACGAUGGCUAUCGAUAGUACCAAAUCCAUAGCCAACACUUACUCACCUUGUUCGAUCGAACAGAUGCGAAUACCUUAA